GUUAGGAAACACGGGAAAUAUGUCUCAUAAUGCAUGUUGGCUAUCUUGUGUACGAUUAACGUAGGAAUCGAUGCAAAUGGUUGUGAACGUUGCUAAAUUAUCUCAGCAGACGAGGCAUGUUUGCGCUGCAUGUGGUUAGCGUGGUUAGUGAUUGCUCUAUGUUGAGGUUACAAUCGUUAUUUCACAAUGACAAUCAUGACAAUUGCGGCUGUUUUGAACAGUGACACCAGUUAAUUUACGUUAGUAAUGUGUAGGCGAACUGGAUUUCAAACAGCAGAAUAACUAAAUAAUUUAAAUAUUUCCUUUCGUAAAAACUUGUCGGCAGUGUAAAGGUUAUAAAUUUGGAACUGAGCAUGAACUGCGAGGAAUUGAGACAUCUUUCCCCUUUAACGACUAUUACGCUGAAUUGUAGUUUCGUCGUUGAAUAAUCAAGUGACAUCGCAAGAGUACGCCUCGAGGUCUAAUUUCACGACAUGAACCAUCCCAUGGAACUUUAUAUUUGGGGAGGUGACUGGGGCCUACCUUCAGUUGAUCUACACUGUCUAGAAAUUAUGGCAUAUGCAAAGUUUUCAGGGGUUCCUCUUCAAACUUGUGUGACCAACAACCCAUUUUGGACACCAAAUGGAAGAUUACCAGUUUUCAAACAUGGUAAACAAAUUUUGAGUAGCUUUCCUGAAAUAUCAGCCUAUCUAAGAAAAAAGAAUUUUAAUGCCGACUUUGGACUAUCUCAUAAACAGUGUUCUGAGGUACUUGCAUAUACUCAGCUUCUCAGAGGACAGUUAUAUUUUGCACUUCAGUAUGUACGGUGGGUAGAUACCAAAAAUUACAUAGAAUUGAUCCGACCAUGGUAUGCAAAAGCACUUCCUUUCCCAUGCAACUACUAUUACCCAGGAAGUUAUGAGCGGGAAGCAAAGCACCAACUGCAAGCGUUAUAUGACCAAGAUGAUGACCCACAAAGCAUUGAAACAUUUGUGUAUGGUGAAGCUGAAAAAUGCCUAACUGCUCUCUCAACACGGCUUGGAGAUCAAGAAUUCUUUUUUGGUGUUCACCCUACAUCCUUAGAUGCGACUGUUUAUGCAUACCUUGCACCUCUUCUUAAGGUGCCUUUCCCUUCACCAGCACUGCAGAAUUACCUCAAGGCAUGCCCAAAUCUAGCCAGAUUUGUGGUUCGCAUUACACAAAGAUACUUUCCUUAUGCAAUACAAGAAUUUGAUGCAAAAAAGUCUGCAGGAAGUGGUGCUCGAGGAGAAACACCAGAAUCAGUAUCAGAUUUUCCUAAUCGUAGAAGACAUCAAGUAUUAGCUGGUUUAUUUGCGGCUGCAGCUAUGACAGGCUAUGCACUGUCCAUUGGAUUAGUCCAGGUAUCGAUAAAGGAUGAGGUCAGUGAAAACUUGGCUAACCACGAAGAUUUAAUCCAGGCUGCAGAGAAUACUGAAGACUAAAAGUAAAAGUAAAUCCUUGUAGCUGAACUUGUUGUAUGCACAAAUAUUGUUUUCAUUUGAAAUUAUAAUAUGGGAAACAGUA